AAGCCAAAGAAAAUUCAAGGGCACAACACUGACAUAACGAUAUGCUCAAAUUGGCAAAUUGCCACCUUUGACAUGUCAAAAACGUUUGACCAUCGUUUCCCUCAAAGCUUUCUCGCUUCUCCCAUAGGAUUUCUGUCCCUCACAUUUCCCGGUUCUUUCCUUCCUCAACUAAUAAAGCCGCCUGCUUGUUUCCUUAUUACUGGGUUCUAAUCUUUCAUUGAUUUUAGAAAUUUUCAAUUCCAUUUUAUAAGGAUCUGCUUCGAGAGAUUUUCAAUAUUGCAGGAUCUCAUCUGUCAGCUUCUUAGGAAGAGAGUGAAGAAUGGGACACCCAGGUUAGAAUUUGAGCUCAAUUUAUGAAUGAGACUGAGUUCUUGAAUAAUAGUUUGUAGAUAAUGGAUUCAGCAGUUUCUAUACUGGCAAAUACAGUGAGAGCUACAUCCGAUUGGGUGACAUCAGCCUUUGAGGUUCCAUUCGCAAGAGCUGUGAUAUUUGAGGUCAACAUUGGAGGACAUCUAUUUGUGGAAGGUCUUCUCCUGGUGGUCAUUGUCUUCCUAAUGUCUCAGAAGAGUUACAAACCACCUAAAAGACCAUUGACAAAGAAGGAAAUUGAUGAGUUAUGUGAAGAAUGGGCCCCAGAACCACUUAUCCCUUCCAUCACUGAUGAGAUGAAACAUGAACCUCCGGUUUUGGAAAGUGCUGCAGGGCCUCAUACUAUAGUUAAUGGGAAAGACGUAGUGAACUUCACUUCAGCAAAUUACCUUGGAUUAUUAGGAAGCAAAGAAUUACUAGAGACUUGUACUUCAGCUCUAGAGAAGUAUGGUGUAGGUUCUUGUGGUCCCCGGGGAUUCUAUGGCACAAUUGAUGUCCACCUUGAUUGUGAGGCUAGAAUAGCAAAGUUUCUGGGAACUCCAGACUCUAUACUCUACUCCUAUGGACUUUCUACGAUGUUCAGUGCAAUUCCAGCAUUUUGCAAAAAGGGAGAUGUUGUUAUUGCGGAUGAAGGUGUUCACUGGGGAAUCCAGAAUGGCCUCCAGCUCUCUAGAAGUACCAUCAUAUACUUUAAGCAUAACAAUAUGGAGUCCUUGCGAAAUACUUUGGAGAAAGUAACCCAAGAAAACAAACAAGCUAAGAAGUUACGGCGCUAUAUCGUUGUUGAAGCUGUGUAUCAGAAUUCUGGCAAAGUAGCUCCUUUAGAUGAAAUCAUCAAGUUGAAGGAAAAAUAUCGAUUCCGUGUGUUGUUGGAUGAAAGCAAUUCCAUUGGUGUGCUUGGCAGUUCUGGUAGAGGUCUAACUGAACAUUGUAAAGUUCCGGCUGACAGGAUAGAUAUAAUAACUGCGGCAAUGGGACAUGCAUUGGCCACAGAAGGUGGCUUUUGCACAGGGAAUGCUAGAGUCAUUGAUCACCAGCGCCUCAGUAGUUCUGGUUAUGUCUUCUCUGCUUCACUGCCUCCUUACUUAGCAAGUGCUGCGAUUAAGGCUAUUGAUAUCGUGGAAGAAAAACCUGAACUUCUUGUCAAACUGAGGCAAAAUAUUGCUACGCUGACUAAAGGUUUAUCAGAUAUAAAAGGCUUAGAAUUAGUCAGUGAUCCGCUCUCCCCUAUUAUAUUUCUUACAUUAAAGAAGUCCAUUGGUACUUCAAAGGGUGAUUUACAAGUGCUUGAAGAUAUAGCUGAUCAUGUGUUAAAGGAAGAUUCUGUCUUUAUUGUGACUUCAAAGAGAUCAACUCUUGAUAAAUGUAAGCUGCCAGUUGGAAUUAGAUUAUUUGUCUCGGCAGCUCAUACAGAAUCCGAUCUGGUGAAAGCCAGUGAAGCAUUGAAAAGAGCAGCGGCAUCACUAUUGCCAGUUCAUGAUUGAAAUUGAAGGAUCCAAACGUUCUAGAGAUUGCGUGGUCACAGUUGUUGAUUCACUACUUGUAGAAAUUCUUUUGUCCAAGAUUUUGUUUUCAUUUCCUAUUUCAUAAUUUGCUUAUUAGUGGAAUGAACAAGAAAAAACUGAAAGAUGAUAGUAGUAGUUGAAUAGUUGAAUGUAUAGACAGAUAUUUGUUUCUAUUUUGUUGGAGUAUGAAGUUAAUUUUGUUUAGUUGAAGAGAUGGAAAAGUGCGUUUGUGAUUC